CUGUCUGUAGUAUCUGUACCAAUGAACCGAGUCACAACACAGAAUUAUUAUACUCCUGUUUUAAUCUUCAACAACGGGCCGCGAUGCUGUCACCACGAGAUGACGAAGAUGACGACAGCCAUCUUUGCAUCAGAUGCAAUACCACCAUCAUUGGGCUCGACAACUACGUCAAGCACAGAAAAGAACGAUGCACUAAAUCCAAACCCCAACCGAAAGUUGAAAUACCUAUCGAUCCUUUAGAACCCACUUAUAACCUUGGAGCAGACGUAUUCUUUCAGUCUUUAGAACUUCAAAGCAGUGUCAAAAAGACUUCCCUGUCACGACUGACUCCGCCGAUACCGAUUACUAAAGCCAGCUUAGAUAGAAAGAAUGUUCUAGUAGUUGCAUCAACUUCUAGUGACUUACGGACCAUGAGUCCAGUGGAAAGUAAUUUCAGAGGUGGUGACUGGAUUGGUGGACACAGUUUAAGAAUAGGCAGCAAUGAGGAUAACCAGACUAAAUUAAUAAAUGCCGUAGCCAGUAUAAGUGGUGCUGUAAAGAAGGAAGCACCAACAUCCUCUUACAGUAUUGGACCUUUUAUCGAUUUCAAACCUGAUGACGAAUCUGAUGAGUCAGAUGAUUCUGAAGAUGAAGAUGAAGAGGAACCGGCAUCGGGUGGCAAAUGGAAACCUCCUCCAAACUAUACAGGGGGUAAAUGGAGACCGGCAUCUCCAGAGCAUGAGGAAUGGGUUAUCAGAGAUGAGCAGGAACAUACUGGAGGAAAAUGGAGACCGAUCAUGGCUGAUGCUAAUGACAGAGAUGAAGAUUAUGACGCUCCACCGCCAGGACAUACUAAAGGGAAAUGGGUACCAGGAGCCCAUGAGAAAUCACACAUCAUGCAAACGACUAUACAGAUGAAAGGAUCUGUCCAAUAUUGGUGUGGUCCGUGUAAUAGAAGAUUAGGUUCUAGAGCGAUUUAUGAGAAGCAUUUAUUGUCUAAAUUACAUAUGAAGAAAGUGCUGCCUGAGAACGAGUUGGAGUUUUCAGGACAUUUGCAGCCAUUGAGGAGUACUGUUGAACAAAGCAGUCGCAAAUUGAGAUCGGUUAGCAAACCUGAACCAACGAAAAGUAUUCUCAGAACGGAACUCGAAAAGAAGAAAAAGAGAAAACGUAAAUUACGCUUCGUCAACUGUCCUGGCUGCAAAUCGAGGGUCCGGCAGCAUUUGAUGGGGAAGCAUUUAAUAUCCCAUUACCAUUUCCGAAAAGCUUCAACAGUACAAAACCAGGUAUAUCGUCAGCUAAUUCUGAGCAACCUUGACGUCAUAGUCCACCAAUCUCCUUUCCAAUGCAGCCCUUGUAAAUUCUACACGAACUGGUUGCCAAACUUUAUGCAGCAUUGGUCUUCGGAAGAACAUAGCCUGAUAACAUCAUCCAUGGAUGGUCGACAUUGGUGCUCCUUUUGUAAAUUCGAAUGUGAAACGUCAAUGGAUAUGCUGCUACACCUAUCUAGCGCUGACCAUAGUGAAGUUGUAGCGGUUAUCAACAGAUCCAUGCCAAUAAUUAUUAGAAAGAAAAGUAUUCUUAAAUGCGAGACCUGUUACAGAGAGUUUCGCUACAACGCCGAGAUUAGGCGGCAUUGUCAAUUGACAGGCCAUCAAUUGACGUACACAGCUACAGAUGAAUAUCAAGAGCUACACAAUUGCCAGCAAUGUGCAGUGAAGUUUAAAUCGUCCUUAACUCUGGCUGCUCAUUUGAAAUCCGUUCAUAAGCAGAAAACUCACAUGUGCUUGGUAUGUUCUAGAACCUUCUGUUCAGCAGAUGAAGCUAAGCAACACAGGAACACUUCAGAGCAUAGACUGAGAAGGAGAGCUAAUAUGAAAGCACGUGGCUUGCCCGUGAAAGAAGUGAGUAAGAAAUGCCCGUAUUGCAUUGAGAAGAAAGUUGUUUUGGCAAAUGUUUUGGAGCUGAAAGACCAUAUUAGGAGGAUGCAUCCUAAUAACAAAAAGAAGUGUCCAAAAUGCGGCAUGUCCUUCCUGCUCCCUCAGGAGGUGACCCGCCACAUCCGCUCCAACGCCUGCCAGUUCCGUAACUGGCUACCCCCCACUUCUAAUCACCAGCUUUGGAACUGUAGCCAAUGUCUGUUCACCACGGACUCUCAAGCUGAAUGCUUCUUCCAUGAGGUCUUACAUACGGUUCCAGUCAAGGAAGUUCAAAGAAUCGAUGACCAGGAGAAAAUUAUCCUAAAAUACAGAUGCCCAUUAUGCCCCAAGAGCUUCAGCAAACCCUCCCUCCGGCACCACCUCCGCCAGCACACCUGCGAACGCCCCUUCAUCUGCAAGACCUGCGGGGCCAACUUCACGAGGAAAUCCAGCCUUGUCAACCAUGUGCAAAAAGAGCAUGACACGCAGAAAGUGGUGAAAGAAGAGAUGCAAUGCGGGAAGUGUAAGAAGAAGUUUCCAAGCGAACACGAACUCUCUUCACAUUCCUGUCAGGCGGCAACUGAACUUCUGUGCCCCUACGAGCAAUGCGGUUACGUCGCUUCAACACCUAAACAAUAUACCAAACAUUACGCUACUCACGGCGUACGACUAAAACACCUGAGCUGCCCCAAAUGCCCGUUCAGAACCAACCAGAACAGUCAUCUGAAGAGACACCUCGUCUGCCACGAAGCCCGCAAGCCAUACAAAUGUCCGCACUGCGAGUUCACCUGCGCUAGCUUGGAGAACCUCCGAAAACACGCUCUCCGGCGCGCUCAUCGCGGCUUACCAUUAUACAUGUGCGCCGCCGCCGACUGCACUUUCGGCGCCGACACCGCUACGGAGCUGCGCGCGCACCUCGUCCUCGCACAUGGAGAUCUAUAUGAUGUCCGCUCCGCCGUUGAAGCCGUAAAAAGGCAUCUGAUGGUGGAAUAG